GCCAGGCUGACGCGCAGGCUAUAUAGCGGGCAUGCGCGGCGUGGGGCGGACGGACGCAGGCAGGGGGGCGAGGACACGCGGUCUCCUUGCGGGGACUCCGGGCCGAGCUGCUGUCGCCGCCGCCGCCGCCGCUGCCGCUGCGGGCCGCCGAGGAGCCGGCUGGGGAGUUUGCACGGGCCGGUGGCGUCCGCCGCAGCUUCAGGGUUACUGAUCACCAUGAAGCUACACCCUGGCUGCUUCCUGCUGACCCUACUCAGCUUAUGGACAGCUGCUCCUGCAACACAUGCUGUGUCCACGGGGACGCCAGCCAUCAGUGCCACCUCUUUCCUGCAGGACCUCAUGCAUCGCUACGGGGAGGGUGACAGCCUCACUCUGCAGCAGCUGAAGACCCUGCUCAACCACCUGCACGUGGGAGUGGGCCGGGCCAAUGUCACCCAGCCCCUGCAGGGACAGAGGAACCUGUCCACGUGCUUCAGUUCCGGAGCCCUCUUUGCUGCCCACAACCUCAGCAACCAUUCGCAGAUCGGGCGGAGUGAGUUCCAGGACUUCUGCCCCACCAUCCUCCAGCAGCUGGACUCCCAGGCCUGCUCCUCCGAGAACCAGGAGAACGAGGAGAACGAGCAGACGGAGGAGGGGCGGCCGAGCACAGUGGAAGUGUGGGGCUUUGGUUUCCUCAGUGUCUCACUGAUUAACCUGGCCUCUCUCCUGGGAGCCCUCGUCCUGCCCUGCAUGGAGAAAGCGUUUUUCAGACGUGUGCUCACUUACUUCAUCGCCCUGUCCAUUGGAACGCUGUUCUCUAACGCGCUCUUCCAGCUCAUCCCAGAGGCCUUUGGUUUCGACCCUCUGAAGGAUGAUUACGUCUCCAAGUCUGCAGUGGUGUUUGGGGGUUUCUAUCUUUUCUUUUUCACAGAGAAGAUCUUGAAAAUGCUACUCAAACAGAAAAAUGAGCAUCAUCACGGACAUAGCCAUUAUGCCUCCGAGACGCUUCCUUCUAAGAAGGACCAGGAGGAGGGGGUGACGGAAAAGCUGCAGAAUGGGGACCUGGACCACAUGAUUCCUCAGCACUGCAGCAGCGAGCUGGACGGCAAAUUGCCCGUGAUGGACGAGAAGGUCAUUGUGGGCUCGCUGUCUGUCCAGGACCUGCAAGCUUCCCAGAGUGCCUGUUACUGGCUGAAAGGCAUUCGCUACUCUGAUAUUGGCACUCUGGCCUGGAUGAUCACCCUGAGCGAUGGCCUCCACAAUUUCAUCGACGGCCUGGCCAUUGGAGCCUCCUUCACUGUGUCCGUUUUCCAAGGCAUCAGCACCUCAGUGGCCAUUCUCUGUGAGGAGUUCCCACACGAGCUAGGAGACUUUGUCAUCCUGCUCAAUGCUGGCAUGAGCCUCCAGCAAGCACUCUUCUUCAACUUCCUUUCUGCCUGCUGCUGUUACGUGGGUAUGGCCUUUGGCAUCCUGGCCGGCAGCCACUUCUCUGCCACCUGGAUCUUCGCGCUGGCUGGAGGAAUGUUCUUGUAUAUUUCUCUGGCUGAUAUGUUCCCUGAGAUGAAUGAAGUCGCCCUGGAGGAUGAGAGGAAGGGCAGCAUAUUGGUCCCCUUUGUCAUCCAGAACCUGGGUCUCUUGACUGGCUUUUCCAUCAUGCUGCUUCUCACCAUGUAUUCAGGACAGAUCCAGAUCGGCUAGGGCCCUGCAGGAACCUGAGGAACUGACGGGUGGCCCCUUAGCCCUCGGACGCGGCAUCCAUGAGGCGCCUCAGGAGAGGCAGUUCUUUUAGAAACUGUGACACGGACUGUAUUUCUCCACGGAAAUGUCAGUUGUUUUUAAAAUGCUUUUUGCUAGUAAUACGCUGCCUGGUAACAGUCUCCCGGUAGCACCUCUCUCCUUUCUUCUCCCUCCUUCUCAGAGUGACUCUGGAACCUAAAUGCAGCUUAGCAGACAAGCCUCAUUUUUUCCUCUGGUUACCCUGGCCCCUUUCUCUCCGAACCAGUGCUGAGAGAUUUGGGGUCCUUUGCCCCAAUGCAAAAAUAUAGGCAGCAGUUAUAACCUGGUUAGAAAUAUCAGGAAGUGAGUCUAUGGUUUAGGGCCUAUGAAUCUGUGUAUCCUGGACCUCAAGAUGACCCAUUUUUUUAGUGAAUAGAGUCCUAUUUUUUUACAGAAAAGGUACAGGAGACAGGAGUUCCUGAUUUUCAAUCAGUUCAGUUGCCUCUUCUCUCAGAGAGAACAGAACGUUGGGACAGGAGAAAGGCGGGAGGGAGGCGAGGUCAUCCUGAGUGAGAGGGAAGGAGAACGCAUGGUGUGUGUCCUGUCGGACCGUUGCUUGUGCCACUGGAAUGCUGAUUUUGUGGCUGCACCUGGUGUUUCCUGGCCGUCCAGCAGAGCUAACAUGUGGGUUCAGGUACCUGGACCUCCCCUUCUUUCAGAGUAACACUAAUAAGAACAGAGGGCGGAGAAGGGAGGCCUGCAACAAAUCCACAGGUUUUGCUGUGAUUUCCACCUCCUCUUCCCCACUCCCAUCGUAGCUACCUGCCUAGAAGCACAUUCUGAGCACAUUCGAUGCUGGUGUUAGAGGGGAGGCUGCACCGAUUUCCCUCCCCUGGCCCACAUGUCUUACGGAAUGAGAGUGCAGCUUCGAUCGGUACCAGAAGAGGAAUCCGUGCAGACACCGUUUAGGAUUUGCUAAUUUUACGAAUAAGAGUACGAAUCAUACAACUGUGAGAUGCAAGGUCCAGAACUUCGGUUGGGCUCUGCAGGUGUGUGCAGAACAGAGGGCCCGCUGAGUCCGCUAUGAAAGGGUUUUAACGGGCACUGUCCUCACCCCAAACAAGAAAGGGCGAAUCCUGUAUCGAUAUCAUUGCUCUAGCUCUCUUCAGAAAUGGAUUGACAGACUUGUCUGUGAGCCUUGGCACUGUGGAGCCCUCUUCUCAGAACGCUGGCUUCAAGGGGAGCUAAUCCAGGUUCACUAGGUGAAUUGAUUUAUUAUUAUCAUAUUGAUAAUGUGAGAUUCCUUAGCCACUUUGGGGAGCCAGCCUCUCCAGAAGCCUUUCUGUGUGGCGCCCACAGUUGCAGCCCAGGGGUGGUGUUCGCAAACUGAUUCGUGUGCAUGACUGACAACUGCUGGUUCGUUGCCAGCACCUGUGAGUUUUUCUCUGCUACCCAGAAAAACUUCCCGCUGAACAGGAAUUAAAAGCAGCCUCUAUCUUGUUUUGUUUUGUUUUUUUCUUCUUUGAAAACAUCCCUCAAACCAGGAAUAUUCUUGAAAAGAACAUGAGCAGGAAAACUGCUGGUGGUACUUUAGAAGUUCUUCCUCCUUCUCCGGCCUAUUGACUUGAGAAUGGGCUAAAGAAGAAGGAAAACAUUUACCAGGAUUCUAGGUUAGAUAUCAGGUCUGUCUCCUGAUAGGAUUAUGGUCCAGUUUUACCAAAGAACCAAUUCCUUGAAUGUUGGAAUCUAACUUUAUGUUAACAUUGUUAUUGUUACUGAUUCUUUGUCUUUUCUGUUGUUGUUUUCUCAGAUUGCUUUCAGGAGCUAGCAGAAAAUAGCACUCAAACUUUAAGACUUUAAAAGAUUUUGCUUUCCUUAAUUCACAUUGAUGUAUUAAAUUUACAGUUUUAGCAUUCCCUAUAGAUCAUUCCUUACGAAUACCAUUCUUCUUGGAGUAAAUUAGUUAGGGUUAAUGGGUUCCUAGUUUUAGAAGAGCUCAAAAAUAGAGUGUUUAACAAAUUUUUUUUUUAACAAUUGAAGUAGUAAGGUGCUUACCCUUUCUGAGCACAUGUGAAUUAAGAACCUUCCUUACAUAGACAGCUGCCUCAAAGGGAAAUUCUCUUUAAACUGUAACUAGUCCAGAGGCCAGUCCUGGUUGGAGCUUAGAAAGGGAGAAAACACUCAAAUCGUUCAACUGAUUGUAUGUUGCUAUUGGCAACAGACCUGCCUCAUGAGUUGAAAAUGUGGCGACUUCUUUUGAACUUUUGUUGAAUUUGCUGUUUUGAAAGCGUUUGUAUAUAUUAGAAGUCUGAGGGGUAGUGAAUUUUGAGGACUUUUGCCCCCCUGGCAUUCACAUCAUCUACUUCUAUACCUGGAUGGACCAGCUCCUAUUAACAAUAGCAAGGAAAGUCUGUGUCCUGCAGGAGCAGUGAACUGGGACCCGGGGUCCUGCCGCUUCUCACCCUCGCCCUGCCAGGCAGGUUGCCUCUCUUCUUUGCCUCCAAAGGCCUUUUGUGUCUAGUGUCAACUUGGGGCUUUCCUUCAUUGGUCCUUCACCCUGGAUUUUAAAAAAGGCUUCUCUGUUUGGGUAUCAUAUGACCUGUUCUUAGUAAGUCUUCUUCCGAACACAUGGUAGUAUGCUGGAAAUCUGCUUAAAAACAAAAAGUCUGAUUUUUCCAAGAGAGAUUAGGUUUUUAUUGUUUCUAUUUCCUUUUAUAGUUCUGCAGUUCCAUCACAGUAUUUUUAAAAAUAACUCAGGAGUUAUGACAAUAAAUUAGAAAAGAAAAUAACUUAAGUUAUGGAUUUUAAAUGUUUUGUUUGUAAGAUUCUAUAAAUAAAGCUAUAUUCUAUAA